ACCAGAACAGCAGCAAGGAUUGCCAUGGCAACCGUAUGGAUAACAGGAAUGGGUUACAAAAGCUUUGAAAUCUGGAGUACAGAAAUGAAAGGGACAGUGUGUUCUGUAUGGACGAAAUGGCCAAGCUUGAACUUUCAACGUGUUUUUGGCAGCAUCAACAUAUUCAUUGAGUUCAUCAUUCCGAUUUGUCUUAUGGCUUGUUGCUACGGUCGCAUCGCUUAUGUCAUAAACAAAGAAUCAAAUAUGAAUGCCACUGGGUUGAGGAAUCGAAACAUGCGAAAAGCCCGAACUAACGUCAUAAAAACGUUACUCCUCGUCUCGAUAUGUUUCUUUCUAUGCUGGGUAUGGAACAGCAUUAAUUUCCUCUUGUACAACAUUGGCUACGCAGGGAGUAAUUUUACAAGUACAUUAUACCAAUGCACAGUUGUCGUCAAAUUUGCGAAUUGUUGCAUCAACCCAUUCAUAUAUGUCAUCAGUUAUAAUGUUUUUAAGAAUGAGAUCAAACAAUUGUUCUCGUGCGGGGAGACUGAUCUGGAUUUAGUUGGAAAUGGAACUUGGUCUGGAAAUAAGUCACUGUCUCGUACUCAAUCAGACGAGGCAAUACUCAACGAUCAUUCACUGAGGCCUAGGUCUACAAUUAAGAGUAACCUCACGGAUAAGUCAGAAAAAAAUAAAGAGACAAAAUGUAACAGUGCCAUAUCACGUAGUGACAAGACAGACAAUAUGUCACACAUAUGUCACAGUGAGAAAAACACAAAAAAUGAUGGAAAGACUAUUCAUAAAGUGUAUGAUAGUGACAAGAAAACAAACAGAAUGUUUCAUAGUGACAGAAGUGCUCAUAUUAAAAUAUUGCAAAGUGACAGGUGCUCUAAUGGCAAAGUGUAUCUCAGUGACAAGAAAAAAAAUAAGAGCCAAAAACUUCAUAAUGACAAGAACCAUAAUGACAAAGCACAUGGACAUGACAGCAAAAUAUUUCACAUUGACAAUGGUCAUGUCAACCUUGAUGAACAGAUAAUCUUAAAUGAUGAGGAUAUAAUAACACAUUUAUAAUGUCCUAGGCCCUUAUUAUGCUAUCUGUUUAGCAAAAUUUUUUCUUAUAAAAUGACAAUGUGAGACUACUUUUUCUUCUGCUCAUUGUGCAAAAAGAAUCAUUAAAACAAAUUGUGAUGACCUUACCAACCAAUCAGCACUAAACAGACAAGACAGGUAAUAUGUUAGGACCUCGUACACAAAAUGGUUCACUACCCUGAUUCAAAGAUAGUAAUGUACCAUUAAAAGCUUUGAGUAAGGUUCCCCAUGCGGGUCGCAGGAAGAGGUGAGGAUUUUGACAAAAAUAGUUGGUCAAAUUCCCUUUCCUAGGAGUAACCUAGUAAAUCCAUCCCUCCCUUGAUGCAAUGAUUGCUCGUCAAAGGUUAUCAGAAAUUCUAAAAUCCCUACUCGCAGGACAAGGUACCCCAUUAUUCAUUGUCAAAUUCUCACCCCCGGGAUAUUAUUAUCCUGACACCCCUGCAUAAAGUUGUCUCAUGUAAAUCUUUAAAUGAGGCAUCAAAGUUGUAUAGAAUUUUAAAAAUAUAUUUUAAGGUUUUUGUAUAAAUUA